GAUUGUGACUUGAUUCUUGAAUUUCUCACAGUUUCCUGUUUGGUGGAAGUUUUCUUUAUUUUGAAUGCAAAGCAAAAACAAAGCACAAUAACGAAACCAGAAGCGAUGAUUUGACGUUUGACCAUUUGUAUGUUUUGGUUCAGGCUUUCUGCCUGAAACACUUGUGCCAGAAAUGUCUGUUAAAGUGUUUUGAUAAGAAAUGUCAAAAAAAAAACAAAUACAAGUGAUGAUGUUGGCAGCGUAUUUUAAAAUAUUAAUGUUGAAGGUUGAUUUGAAAAAUUGAUCUAGAAAAUGUUUUAUUGAGAAGUCAGAUCAAAAUACAGAAAAAUGCAAUCAAAGAAGGUAGACAGCAGUUUAAAGAAAAAGAACAAUCCCAAUCGAAGACACAAAUAAACAAAACGUGUAUAUAAAUAUUAUGUAGUAAUUAUAGUCUUGUUUCGUUUGAAACUGGAGGGAAAUACUAACGAAAUGAUAUCUAUUCAGUCAAUCAAAUCAAAUGACCCUUCUUAUUCAUCAUCUUAUGAUAGUCCCGAAACGGAACGAAGACACUUCUACUCCCCCACUUCGGGGAGAAGUGCAGAAUGCGUUGAUCGAUGCAAACUCCAACAAUUGGUAACAUUCCUGGACAAACAAAAUCAGCGUCUACAAAAUGAGUUGGCCAUCGAAAAACAACGUCGCAAUGAGGAACUUUCGCUCAUUAUUAAAUCAUUGAUUCGUAUGGAAUCAAAAUUAAAAGUAGACAAAAAACUUAUCAAUCAACGAAUAUUGAAGAGUGACACGGAAAUAUGCCGUUUACUAUGUCUAAAUCGGGUUUUGCGAAAGAAAUUAAAUGAAAUUGCGGUUACGAAAGACGAAUGCUUUGUCUUAGAAGCUUUGCAAUGUAACACUUGUAGGAAAAAGUUUUACGCUAUAGAAACGAAAGAUAAUUGGAGCCAAACUAUUAAAGAUGGAAUAUUGUUAAAUGAUCAUCCCACAAGUGAUAAUGGCUCUUCAAGUGAUGACACAGUCUCAUCUUCGUUUUAUGGUGCCCGACGAUGUGUUCGCUACACUAGUAAAAGAACAUUUGGCACAUUUCGAGAUUACAUGCAUUCCCGUUCUAUGAACAUAGAUGAUAACUUCGAUAGCUUAGCUGAAAAUGCAAGCACAAUAAGCUGCGACGAUAGUCAGAAAAGGUACGAAAAAAUCAAUAUAUAUUCCAGUAUAAUUGAUAAGCUACAUGGUGUUAAAAGGGUGUCUUCAAUCGAAGGUGACCAUGAUAGUGAAUACGAUAAUAGCUCUUAUCGAAAAACACAAAGCCUCUCGUCGGGAGUUGAAGAAGAAAAUGUAUCUUUCAACACCACCGCUGUCGCCACCACCGCCGCCGCUGAGGAUAUUAAAAUUUCAUCAGCUAAGAUUGAAUUGUCGCCUUAUAGUAGCAAAACUAAUUCUUUAAGUAGAUCAAAAGACUUCCUAGAAACUCCUCCCAAACACAAGUUCGAGUUGUCAACCGAUAAUUGGUAUGCCAGUGCUAGUGAUGGAGAAGAUGACCAAGGUGUAAAAACCAAUAUGUAUGGCUCUAAUGUUGCUGUAAAUCCAGUGCUGGAGUGCGUCAAUCAGAUCCUACUGCAACAGUCAAUGGAGGAGCCUAACAAUGAUUGUCAACUUAAACCGUUCGAUGUCAUCAGCAAUAAAAGUUCUAGUGAACAAGGAAAUACAGGAAGUAUUUCUCGUAAAAGAGUGCACUUUUCAACAAAAAACAGUAUGGCUCAUGUUCCCAGAAACAGCAAUGAUCACGAACACCUCAGCCUGGAUGUAACCUUGCAACUUUCUUCACCAAAUAAACCUAUAAUUGCUGAUCAAAUCAAGGACAACAUUCUUAACUAUGAGAGUAUAUACAGCAAUGAAUACGAACCGAUUGGAAGUGAAAACAACUCUUCCAACCUGUAUGUGGACAUGGAGUCAAAACUCAGUCCCGAUGAUCGGAUAAGCCUUGAAACUAAACAUCCAAAGCAACCACCUGCUCUACCUCCAAAACCGGCAAACCUAUUAAAAUUCCCAAAAGCAUUUAAGGUCAACGAAUUAAAUGAAUCCAAGAUAUUUGAAACCCCCGAUGAUAAGUCAGUUUCAUCGGAACCGGACUAUUGCUCGAUCUCCGAGGUUAACGCAGCUUCAACAUUUGUCCAAGUUGUCGCAGAUGUACACAAGGAGUUACAUUUUGAAAAUACAGUAGAUCUCGAAAGUCUGCCUAGCGAUAAACAAUCCCCGAAGACUGAUGAAAUUGAGCAGAUUUUCGCAAACAUUCCCAAGCUUUCAACAUUCGCUGCAACCAUAACAACAAAACCUACACACCCAAAAAUUAACUACCCCAUAAAAUCCCGCCACGAUGAAGUGAUUUCAAAAUCACAACGCUCCCCACGUCAAUUCAAACGAAAACACGUUCCGAACAUUUUAGCCGAAAUAAAUAAACGAAUGUCUUGUUCAUUUCCAACGACACCCACAAAAAGCAUUAAUAGUGCUCCCAUUGAAGUGCCUCAUAUCUCGACCCCUCCACAUAAAUCUCAAUCACCAUUGAUUAAGUCUUCAUUGAAUUCAAGUCCUGUAGUACCAGAAAAACAUCUUCCCAUUCAAGCUGAGUUUGACUGGUAUAAUUUGGACGCUGAAUAUGGAAAGUCCUCUUCCAAUCAUCCGGAUGUAAUUUGUGCUGCUAAUGAUGCGAAUAUGAUUGAUAAGAAAAAAGAUGUUCUUAUAAGACUUCAAGGAGUCGAAUAUAAUCUGGAUGAAGAGUUCUCCUUACCUGGGAGUCCUGAUGAAAUCAAAUCAAAUGACAACGAAUCGCUUAAUCCACUAAAUGAGCAGCCAGGAUCACCAAAGACAGUGAGUGAGGAAUUCCCUAUUAUAACCGAAACAACACCUUGCUUCAGGAAGAAAACUGCUAGCUUCGAUAAGUUUAUUGACAGCUCUGGACUGAGUACAAAACCCUUGCCUAGACAGAGAAAAAUCUACUUCGCCGGACCAUUUGUGUAAUAUGUAUAACUAUUGUAAUUUUUUUUCAGGGUUCGUGAUAAAACUUACCACUUAUUUAUUUCAAAAAUAAAGAUACUUUAUAUUAUUGUAAUAAUUAUAUAAA